GGCCUCGGCGGCGCCUGACGCGCAGGCCGCGGGACGGAGGAGGGCCGGCCAUGGAGCCGUCCCCCGGGCUGGCCAUCGUGCACGUGGACUUCCCGGAGGUGACCAGCGCCCUGCUGCAGAACCUGAACCAGCAGCGGGUGGAGGGCAAGCUGUGCGACAUCGCCAUCCACGUGCAGGGCCGCGUCUUCCGCGCCCACCGGGCCGUGCUGGCCGCCUCCUCGCCCUACUUCCACGACCAGGUGCUGCUCAAGAACAUGACGUCCAUCAUCCUGCCCAGCGUCAUGGACCCCGUGGCCUUCGAGACCGUGCUGGGCUCGGCCUACACGGGCAAGCUGAGCAUGGCGGCCGACGAGAUCGUCAACUACCUGACCGUGGGCAGCGUCCUGCAGAUGUGGCACAUCGUGGACCGGUGCACGGAGCUGCUCAAGGAGCGCCGGGGGGCCCUGCUGGGGCUGUCGGCCGCCGCCAGCUCCUCCCGGGGCCACUCCAGCCGCACCAGCGACAACCAGUCGCCCAGCAGCAGCAACUACUUCAGCCCCCGGGACUCGGGCGAGGGCCCCGAGCAGGGCAAGUUCAACCCGCGCGGCGCCCUGGCGGGCGAGGGCCCGGAGGACCGCGACGAGGAGGUGCUCUUCCAGGCCGAGAAGGGGCCCUCCCGCUGCCCGGACCCCUUCGCGGGGGGCAGCAAGUUCAUCCUGGAGACGGACGACGACGCCAGCGACAGCGGGGAGCCGGCCAGCAGCGAGGGCCGCCGGCCCGCCUACGUGCGCCCGAGCAUCAUGCCCCAGAAGCAGUGGGUCUUCGUCAAGAAGGAGCGCCCCCAGGAGGACCUGGUGCUGACCUGCGAGGAGGACGAGGACCCCGUGGAGGUGGCGGCCACGGCGGGGGGGGCAGCCCCCGAGGCCGCCCUGAGCAUCAUCGACGUGCGCACCCUGAGCAGCCCCGGCGGCGGCGGCGGCGGCAGGCUGGAGGAGCAGGUCAACUUCUGCGAGUCCUCGGAGGGCUUCUCCUCGCCCUACGAGGGGCUGGAGGAGGCCUCGCCGCUGCCCGGCCCCUUCCCGCCGCGCUCGCUCAUGCCCAUGGACAUGCAGGGCAACCAGAUCGUGAUCUUCCCGCCGCAGGCGCCCGUGGAGCACGGGGCGGUGCAACUGGCGGGCAGCUCGGGCGACGGCAACAAGAUCUUCAUGUGCCACUGCGGCAAGGCCUUCUCGCACAAGAGCAUGCGCGACCGGCACGUGAACAUGCACCUCAACCUGCGCCCCUUCGACUGCCCCGUCUGCAACAAGAAGUUCAAGAUGAAGCACCACCUCACGGAGCACAUGAAGACCCACACGGGCCUCAAGCCCUACGAGUGCGACGUCUGCGCCAAGAAGUUCAUGUGGCGCGACAGCUUCAUGCGCCACAAGGGCCACUGCGAGCGGCGCCACCGCCUGAGCGGCGAGGCGGGCGCCGGGGGCCUGGCGGGCGGCGCCGCGGCCGUGGCCCCGGGGGGCGUCAAGAAGGAGCCCUCGCCCUCCCGCGUCGGCGGGGACGCCGAGUGGGCGGCGGGGCCGUGUGGGGAGCCGCGGGAGGCCCAGGGCGGCCCCCCGCCCGGCAGGGACCCUUCCAAGCCGCCCUGGCCGCGGGGGACGGUCCACCACACCCCGCCGCUGGCCUGA